AAAAAAUAUUGUAAGCUUGGCAGCAUUCCACCAAACAUCAGCUGUUUCAGUUAGCUUGCACUUUAAUUAAUUUUGAUUUUCUCAAUUAUAAAAUGAAUAGCCGUUGUUAAAAAGUGUCUGAAAGCUACACGGAAAUGAGUUAGGCAGAAAAGGAGAAAAAAAAAUGUUAUCAGCAAAACUAAAUUGUGCUGUCACGAAGACGCCACGCUUGUAGAAAAAAAAGUGCUUUCAUAGUACCAACUACGGAAAUUGUGAUAAGUUGAAUACUGUUAAACUAAAGGAGUUGGUAUUGUUUAAUCAGUAACUUGUACCGAGCUACACUAAAAUUCAAAAAUGGGCAUAAAUUGGCGUGAACUUUUUCCAACAAAACUCACAUUCGUCAUAUUUUUGCUCUACAUAUCGCUGUUCAUUGGUCAGGGAAUUUUCGUAACCGCUUCACAGGAAGCCAACAACUCGUACAACUAUAACACGGUGACCGUGGUUUUACUCACCGAAGUACUGAAGCUGCUGGUUUCUGCUAGUUUAUAUUGCAGGGAAAAAAAUUUGACUAGUCUGCUACGCGAUGUGCGAAAGGAUUCCAAUGUCAUGAUGCUGUACUUUGUGCCCGCGUUUCUAUAUUGUCUCUACAAUAACUUGGCUUUUGUCAACUUGUCUACAUUCGAUCCAACCACUUAUUAUCUGCUGUUGCAGCUACGCGUUGUGAUUACUGGUGUACUAUUUCAGAUAAUUUUUAAAAAAUACUUGACCUGCCGUCAAUGGAUAUCGCUUUUAUUACUCACCCUCGGUUGCAUGUUGAAACAAAUUGAUUUGAACAAAUUCUAUGGGGAUACAAAUGAUGACAGUGAGGCUGCUGCAGUGCAACAGGUCACUCUAAAUGUGACUAACGCCUUUUCGCCGAAGGUGAGCGGGAAAAAUAUGAACGGUUUCGACCUUAGCCUUAGCGCUCUACUUAUACUGGCACAAACGAUAUUUUCCUGUCUCGCUGGCGUCUACAAUGAAUAUUUGCUAAAGGACAAAGGCGUUGAUGUGAACAUAUUCGUGCAGAAUGUCUUUAUGUAUAUUGAUUCGAUUGUAUGUAAUGCCUUAAUACUUUUGGUGAAUGGCCAGUUGGUGGGCGCAUUCACAACGCAGAGUCUACGCACCAUUUGGCGUUUUAAUGUUAUUAUUAUAAUAGUAAACAAUGCUGCCAUCGGUAUAGUCACGAGCUUCUUUUUGAAAUACAUGAAUUCUAUUGUGAAAACUUUUGCAAGCGCUUUAGAGUUAAUGUUUACCGCCGUACUCUGCUAUUUUCUCUUCGCUAUACCAAUUUAUAUUAACACAGCACUGGCUAUUGCGGUCGUAUCGUUUGCUAUUUAUUUAUAUUCGCAAAGUCCCGUUGUGAAUACAGGUAAAAUUCGACCUUUGACUAGCCUACGAGAAAUGUCACAAGAUAAGCGUAUGCUGCUCAAUUCCGAUGACGAAACGGAUUUGGAAAUGGAUAUCGUGUAGCGAGUGGAAUUGUUGUAGUAGAUA